UCAAACCUUUUCCUUCUUUUUCUAUCAAGUUCCUCACUUCUCGGAUCCGGGUCCUAAAUCUGGGUCAACCCUUUUACGAUCAUCGGAAAUGGACCCUCCACUAGUGAACGAUUCCUCCUUCUCCGCAGCUAAUCCUUCUUCUUACACUCUCUCCGAGAUUUGGCCUUUUCCUGUAAACGACGCCGUUCGCUCUGGUCUCCGUUUAGCUGUUAACUCCGGUCGAGUCUUUACUCGGUCUGAACAUUCCGGCAAUAAAGACGUCUCCGCGGCGGAGGAAUCUACUGUCACCGAUCUAACUGCUGGCUGGGGAGCUAGAAAGACUAGAGAUUUGAACUCUGAGGACGAUUCUUCAAAGGUGGUUUCUUCCAGCAGCAGUGGUAAUGAAUUGAAAGAAUCAGGCGAUAAGAAAAGAAAACUUUGUGGAUCUGAAAGUGGAAAUGGAGAUGGUUCGAUGAGACCUGAAGGCGAAACAAGUUCGGGUGGUGGUGGUGGAAGCAAAGCAACGGAACAGAAGAACAAACCUGAGCCACCAAAGGAUUAUAUCCAUGUGAGAGCAAGAAGAGGACAAGCUACUGACCGGCAUAGUCUAGCAGAGCGAGCUAGAAGAGAAAAGAUCAGUGAGAAGAUGACAGCUCUUCAAGAUAUAAUUCCGGGAUGUAAUAAGAUAAUUGGAAAAGCCCUUGUGCUCGAUGAGAUUAUCAAUUAUAUUCAGUCAUUGCAGCGGCAAGUUGAGUUUCUGUCAAUGAAGCUAGAAGUUGUUAACUCAGGUGCAAGUACUGGUCCAACAAUAGGAGUUUUUCCUUCUGGUGAUCUCGGGACUUUACCGAUUGACGUUCAUCGAACAAUAUAUGAGCAACAAGAAGCUAACGAAACCCGAGUAUCUCAACCGGAGUGGCUCCAUAUGCAGGUUGAUGGAAACUAUAACCGAACCACAUAAAAAAAAAAUCUUUAUCUGAUUGAUGGAUGUGUUUUGUAGGCAGUAAAAAUGAAUGCAACCCUUUAUUUUUUUCCUAUGUGUGUAUCAUUUUGCUGUUAUAUCAUAAGAUAGAUAUGAGAGUGACCAGAGAGAUUAACACUUUAUAAAACAUUGUUGUAUUCUGUUAUAACAUGUAACGAUUGAUUCAGUGACACAAUAGAUCUCAUAUAUUGCUCUCAUCUCAAAUCUUAUUCUUUGUACAAUCUUUAUGUUGUGAUGAAUCAAUGAUACGUUUUUUC